AUGUACAAUAAGAUUCAAAAUGUUUCUUCAUCUGCUACUGAACUGGAAGAAGAUGAUCAUACGAUAAAACCACAAUCAGUAAAACUAGAAGACUAUUUUUUUCCCUCUCAUAGACUUAAAACUUGCAUUGAAGAUGGCACGAAAGAGCCUGUAGCAAUCAUUGCAUGUGGCUCAUUUUCUCCAAUAACAUACUUGCAUCUUCGAAUCUUUGAAAUGGCAAAAGAUUAUAUUUUGGAAAACACAAACUUUGAAAUAAUUGGCGGUUAUUAUUCACCAGUGUCAGAUCAUUACCAAGAAGAUGGACUUGCACCAUCUUAUCAUAGAGUUCGCAUGUGUGAGUUAGCUGUGGAAAGGACUUCUACAUGGUUAAUGGUGGAUGCAUGGGAGACCUUACAAGAUACUUAUACAAGGACUGCAUUAGUUCUUGAUCAUUUCAAAGGAGAGAUCAAUGAGAAACGUGGUGGUGUAAUGAUGCCAGAUGGUAAACGUCGCCCAGUUAAAAUCUUACUUUUGGCUGGUGGUGAUCUUAUUGAGUCAUUUAAGAUUCCAAAACUUUGGUUAGAUGAUGAUUUGGACCAUAUUUUAGGUAAUUAUGGAGUUUUGAUAGUAGAAAGAACCGGAUCCGAUGUUUGGGGGUUCUUACUUUCACAUGAUAUGCUUUAUAAACACCGAAAAAAUGUUUAUGUUAUUAAACAAUUGAUUUAUAAUGAUAUUAGUUCAACAAAAGUUCGAUUAUUUGUCAAGCGUGGAAUGUCAAUCAAAUAUUUGCUUCCUAAUUCUGUAAUCAAAUAUAUUCACGCUAACAACCUUUAUAAAACAUAA